AUGUCUGAAAGCAACGACUUCUCCAUGGUGGACGUGUCCAACGCCCUAAUCUUGGACGACAGCGAAGACAACGAAAACAUGCAUGUGGAAGAGCAACAGCCUCUGGCUGAGGAGUCCUCCAAAAACACCAAUGAUCCUAGCGGGUCCGCUCCCCUUCCCGACCCAAAUGCUACCGUUCCUGUGGACAUCAAAUGGGUCCAGGGCGGUGAAAAGGUGUACGUGACCGGUUCCUUCACCGGAUGGAGAAAGAUGAUUGGUUUGCAGAAGCAAGAGGAGGAAAAAACGUACCUUGUAACGUUAGGGUUGCCCGUGGGCACCCACCGCUUCCGUUUUGUCGUUGACAACGAGUUGCGUUUUUCCGACUUCUUGCCCACAGCAACAGACCUGAUGGGCAACUUCCAUGUGCAAUUGCACCUUAAACAGUUAGAAGAAGAACAGGAGGAGAUGGCGCGUGAGGAGGAGGAAAGCAAGCUGCGUACUAGCAGGAGGUCGUCUGUCAGCUCCAGAGGCCGCUCAAACUCGGUGUUUGGUUUCACCAACGACGAGGACGAUAUGGGCGACGGCUAUUCCAGAUACCACGAGGAAGCAGAAGACGCUCCAGCCAAAACUUACAAUUAUGUCAUGGAACAGUAUUACCUAGCAUUGGAGCAGCGCUCUAGAAACAGAAAUCAGCAAGACCAGGCUUGGUUGUCUGCUCCACAAUUACCCCCACAUCUUGAAAACGUUAUUCUCAAUAACUUUAACUCGCAGGACAAGGACAACAACUCCGGCGCCUUGCCUAUCCCCAACCACGUUGUGCUCAACCACUUGGCCACUACCAGCGUCAAGCAUAACACUUUGGCGGUAGCAUCGGUGAUCAGGUACAAAAGAAAGUAUGUGACCCAAGUGUUGUAUGCUCCACUACAGCAGUAA